AUGCACCCGGCGCUCUUCAACGUGAGGUCAAACCUCGCACAGCUACCCCGCUCCAUCUCACCCCACAUCUCCUCCUCCUCCUCCUCUCCAGUAUCCUCCUCGAUCCGCUCUCUCUCCCCAAGCCGUAGCUCCUCCCCACACCUCCGCUCGCGAUCAGCAUCCCCUUCCCCACGGCGAUUCGCCAGCGUUCUUGCCUAUCACGCAACCCCUCCUCCGGGGGGUUAUGGCAAACAACGUACGAUCUCUGCAGACCAACAACACCUUCAAGGGCAAGGGCAGGAGAGUGAGCGAGGGUCGACGGAGCACAGCGGGGAUGAUAUGGCGAAGGAGAGUCAAGAGCGUCAGGAGAGUCCGAGUCGAAUUGCCGUAAGAAACUUGGAAGAGUCCUGGAAACGAUUCGAAAUGGACCCUGCACCUUCCUCACCGUCUUUGGUCUCUUCUUCGACUACCUUUGUUGGCUCGUCACCUCUGUCCCCUCUGUCCUCUCGACCUUCUUCUCCCUCCCCGCUUUCGAGACCACCCUAUCGGGAAUUGAUCGAGUGCACCUUCUUCAAAGACACCAAGAUCUCGGUUCCAGCUGCUGAGAACGAGCAGGGGCCAGGAGAGGGAGUCACUGCUGCAGGAGAAGGCGGGAGAGGUGGAGGAGCAGCAGCAGCAGCACGGAGUGGUAAAUCCGCCGUUUUGAAGUCUGAGAGCAGCAGUAAGACCAAUAAUACCACUCAUGACAAUGAUCACCGAAUCGACGAUGGGCGUCGUCGUACAACAAGCACGGCAGCAACAACAGCAACGCCUUCGGUAACCACAGCAACCACUAUUCCUGCUGCUGCGUCAUCGACCCUGCUGAGCUCAUCGUCGUCUACGCCCAUAUCGUCUACUCCAGCAAACAAAGGAGCAGCUGAAGCAACAGAUGCACCCUUGGAAGAUUCUAUUCAGAUGCAGCAGCAACAACAUUACCAGGGGCAGGUGCAGAAUGCAUUCCUGGCAUCGAAUGAGGCUCGGCAUAUUCUGGAUUUGCCAUCGCUUCUGGGGCAGGAACCAGACAGGAUCUCUCAGGUCCUCGCGAUGCCAAUACCUCUCCAACCAAAGCCCCAUUCCUCUCGGCCUUCGUCAUUGGCUUCGACUGGCAAUGGCGAGUCUUCCUUGCCAACAACCCAGGACAACAACACCGAGGAGGCUAAUGACAACGCUUCAGGAUCGGCGCUGAUUUCGAAGCUGAACGCCAAGGCAGAAACGACAGCAGAGGCGAUGACGAAGCGUUAUGCGGCCAAGAAUCUUAACAUGACAGAAACGGAUGCGCAUCGGAUGGUGCAGGUGAUGGCAGCAGAGAUUGUAGCGCUGCACGAGGAGCGGGCGGCGAUGGUGAAGAAGAUGGAGCAGGCCAAGCAGGAGAUGCUUGAGGCUGCGCAGUUGUUGCGGAUGAAAGCUGCAGAGGCGGAGGUACCUGAGGAAUUGCAGGAUAUGUCUAGGGAGGGUCGGCGGCGGCGUAGUCUUGGUUCCGGGAGUGGCGUGAGGUUGAGUGUCCAUGACGAUGAUGAAACGUCUAGAACAAGAAAGGAGACAGGAUCGUCUGAGGAAGACCGACAGCGGAACAUGUACGACCGCGAUGAAUGGCGGGAACGAGAGUAA